CCCUGGACGGACGAGUGGAACGUUUGAUAAUGAGGUGGUGAUGAUGAACCAUGUCUACAAGGAGAGGUUCCCCAAGGCAUCACCAUCCAUUCUGCCUCGCUAAGAGCGUCUGCAGGACACCAUCACAAACUUCUCUCCAAGCAGCACCCUGCCACUGGCAGAUGGGGUACUGGGCUUCAUCCACCACCAGAUCAUCGAGCUGGCCCGAGACUGCCUGGCCAAGUCCCAGGGAGCUCUCAUCACCUCCCGCUACUUCAUGGAGCUGCAGGAGAAACUUGAGAAGAUGCUCCGAGAUGCUCAAGAGCGUUCAGAGAGCGAGGAGGUGAAGUUCAUUGACCAACUGGUGAGGAAGCUGCUGAUCAUCAUCUCCCGUCCUGCUCGCCUUCUGGAGUGCCUGGAGUUUGACCCAGAGGAGUUUUACCAUCUCCUGGAAGCUGCAGAAGGACAUGCCAAAGUGGGCCAGGGAAUAAAGACCGAUAUCCCCCGAUACAUCAUCAGCCAACUGGGGCUCGUCAAGGACCCACUGGAGGAAAUGGUCCAGCUGGAUCACUUUGACAGCGGGAACACCAUCACACCAGAGAAUGAUGAUGCCUGUGAGAGCCAGCCUUUGGUCACUGCUCCUCGGAGGAAGCCCUGCGAGGGGGACUUUGAGACCAUCAAGCUGAUCAGCAACGGGGCUUACGGGGCCGUGUACCUGGUGAGGCACAGGGAGACGCGGCAGCGCUUCGCCUUGAAGAAAAUCAACAAGCAGAACCUCAUCCUGAGGAACCAGAUCCAGCAGGUGUUCGUGGAGAGGGACAUCCUCACCUUCGCCGAGAACCCCUUCGUGGUCAGCAUGUUCUGCUCCUUUGAGACCAAGCGACACCUCUGCAUGGUGAUGGAGUAUGUGGAAGGGGGGGACUGUGCCACGUUGCUGAAGAACAUGGGCCCUCUGCCCGUCGACAUGGCCAAGAUGUACUUUGCUGAGACUGUUCUGGCACUGGAGUAUCUCCACAACUACGGCAUCGUCCACCGGGACCUCAAACCCGACAAUUUGCUCAUCACCUCCAUGGGCCACAUAAAGCUGACAGACUUUGGUCUGUCCAAGAUUGGCUUGAUGAACAUGACCACGAACCUCUACGAAGGACACAUGGAGAAGGACACCCGGGAGUUCAUGGACAAGCAGGUGUGUGGCACCCCAGAGUACAUUGCCCCAGAAGUCAUCCUCAUCCAGGGCUAUGGGAAGCCUGUCGACUGGUGGGCCAUGGGUAUCAUCCUCUACGAGUUCCUGGUGGGCUGUGUCCCCUUCUUUGGAGACACCCCUGAGGAGCUCUUCGGGCAGGUCAUCAGCGAUGAGAUUAUGUGGCCAGAAGGAGACGAGGCUCUUCCUGCAGAUGCCCAGGACCUGAUCACACGGCUGCUCAGACAGUGUCCCCUGGAGCGCUUGGGCACCGGCGGUGCACACGAGGUGAAGCACCAUUCCUUCUUCCUCCACCUGGACUGGAACGGGCUGCUGAGGCAGAAGGCCGAGUUCAUCCCCCAGCUGGAGUCAGAGGACGACACCAGCUACUUCGACACCCGCUCGGAGAGGUACCGCCACUUGGAUUCUGAGGAUGAGGAGACCAACGAUGAGGAAUCCUCCGUGGAGAUUGGGCAGUUCUCCUCCUGCUCCCAUCGCUUCAGCAAGGUCUACAGCAGCUCCGAAUUCCUGGCAGCUAACUCCAACCUCAGCCUCUCCUCCUCCGACCGGAGUCACAGCGACGACAAGGAGGAGAGGUGGGACAGACACUCAGGGGACGAGGACAAGAGCCGGCUGGUGGGCCCAGAGCCCCGGCUCCGCUCCUGGACGUCCUGCAGCUCCACACCCUACACCUCCCGGCACGAGCGAAGCCGCAGCCCCGCCGCGCUGCCCAGCACCUACAGCCUGGACACCAUGCCCAAGUUUGCCUUCUCCUCGGAAGAUGAAAGCCCUUGCGUGGCAUCCUCCAAGCCAGAAAGACCCAAAUUUGUGCUGGGAGACCCGGACCAACAGCACCGGCACCAAUGCGGGAGCCGGCGGCUGAGCAGCCACAAGGACGUGCCAGAUAGGCAGAGAACCUCACCGGGCAGCCGAGUCCCCAAAUCUGCCUCUGUCUCAGCCCUGUCCCUCAUCAUCACCUCAGACGACUUCAGCGGCGGCGCCUUGAUGAGCCCCAUCUCCCCCCACUCCCUCUCGUCCAACCCAUCCUCCCGGGACUCCUCCCCGAGCCGAGACUCGUCCCUCGCCAUCGCCAGCCUGCGGCCCCCCAUCAUCAUCCACAGCUCGGGCAAGAAGUACGGCUUCACCCUGCGGGCCAUCCGCGUCUACAUGGGCGACAGCGACGUCUACACUGUCCACCACAUGGUCUGGAGCGUGGAAGAGGGGAGCCCAGCGCAGGAGGCGGGGCUGAGAGCGGGCGACCUCAUCACACACGUGAACGGUGAAUCGGUGCUGGGCUUGGUUCACCGUGACGUCGUGGAGCUGCUGCUGAAGAGUGGGAAUAAGGUGGCCCUGCGGACCACUGCCCUGGAGAACACCUCCAUUAAAAUAGGCCCUGCUCGGAAAAACAGCUCCAAGACGAGGAUGGCACGGAGGAGUAAGAAGAGCAGGAAAAGGGAUGGCCAGGACAGGAGAAAAUCCCUUUUCAAGAAGAUCUCCAAGCAGUCGUCGGUCCUCCACCCCAGCCGCAGCUUCUCCUCUGGUCUCCACCACUCGCUGUCCUCCAGCGAGAGCCUCCCGGAGUCCCCCACGCACAGCCUGUCCCCGGGUCCCACGACACCGUGCCGCAGCCCCGCUCCCGACCUGCCCCCAG